AUGGCUUUGGAGUCGCGUCUGAGAAUUAGCAGCGUGUCCCAAUGCGGCAGCCUUGGAUACAGUUCCCGCGGAGCCAUUCGGCGCGUUCCUGGCUUUCCCGCCCGGUGUUUCGAUCCUUCGCCCCCCCUGCUCUCCCCUGCUCCUUUUCUAUUCCUCUCGCCUCUUCGACCGAGCCUUUCCUCUCCCAUCCGCCCGCUCUCGUUCCCAUUCCACACGACGUUGUCCAUGUUUUCCAGCCUCAGCCCCCGUCUCCCCGUGCCCGCGCCCGCCGCUCAUUAUUGCACACUUGCCAAUCGACAGACACGGAGAACGCGCAUGUCGCAGGCUAGGAGCGCCCGUCCGCUUCUUCUACACCAGCCUGCCGGCUCCCCCAAGCGCCCACGCACGAUCCCACUUGGUUCCUUCGCGCAACCCGCUUGCAGCGCCUCACGCAAUCCGGGAGACGAUCAUAUCACUGCAUCAUCGCAUAUCCUCGUAUUCACGCUCCCAAAGUCUGAUUCCGCUUCUCCUCACCGCCUCGCCUCUCCCGACGGCCCGUUCAUCUCGCUAUCGCCGCACUCUGCCCUCAACGCUACUGCGCGGUGGGGACAUCCGGAGACCGUGCAAUCCGCCAUUCCGCCGAGUUCAUAUUCGUCUGACAAAAUCGACGCUGUCGACGGCGAGCGGCAGGCCACCACGGUCCUCAGAUAA